UCCAACGACGUGGCGGAUAUCGUCAUUGACGACAAUGCUGGUCGGAUGGAAGUGGAGGAACCUCCAAAUGUACACGAUUUCGAAGCUUAUGCCCAGAAGGCGAUGCCUGAUCUAGGCUUGGAGAUUGAAGAUUUCCAAGCUCAGACAUGGCGGAUCGAACAUUGGUCACAGCAGCCAAAGAGAUUAGUAGGACCAGAGUUCAGCUGUGGAGGUCACAAAUGGCGUAUACUUCUCUUCCCGCAAGGCAAUGCCAACGGUCAACCGAAUGACAUGGUUUCAGUCUAUCUGGAUUACGCAAAUCCAAAGACCGCUCCAGAGGGAUGGCACGCCUGUGCUCAAUUCUGCUUGGCCAUCUCCAAUCCCACAGACCCCACCAUCCAAACUUCUUCCCACGCUCACCACCGUUUCGUCGCCGAGGAAUGCGACUGGGGUUUCACUCGAUUUGUCGACUUGCGGAAGCUCUACAGUGUUGAUGCUGCCAAUGGCAAAUCUAGACCUACAAUAGAGAAUGACGAGGUGGAGAUUACUGCCUUUGUUAGAGUGCUUAAGGACCCAACGGGUGUCUUAUGGCACAAUUUCGUAAACUACGACUCGAAGAAGGAGACGGGGUAUGUUGGGCUCAAGAACCAAGGCGCUACGUGUUACAUGAACUCUCUCCUCCAAUCAUUAUUCUGCACAAACUAUUUCCGCAAGGCCGUGUACCAAAUUCCUACCGACAAAGAUACACCAUCCGAAAGUCUCGCUUUAGCCUUACAACGCGUAUUCUACCACCUUCAAACUUCCAAUCUCCCCGUCAGUACUACCGAGCUCACUAAAUCCUUUGGUUGGAAAUCGCUCGAUUCAUUCAUGCAACAUGAUGUCCAAGAGUUUAGCCGGAUCUUGCAGGACAAGUUGGAAAUUAAGAUGAAGGGGACUCCGGCAGAAGGUGCCAUUCCGAAACUGUUCAAGGGCUCGAUGAAGAACUACAUCAAGUGUAUCAAUGUCGACUUUGAAUCUUCAGUGUCAGAGGACUUUUAUGACAUCCAGCUCACCAUCAAGGGGAUCAAGAAUCUGCGCGAUUCAUUCCGAGAUUAUGUCUCUGUAGAGACGCUUGAUGGAGAGAACAAGUAUCAGGCGGAAGGAUACGGUCUGCAGGACGCGAAGAAGGGAGUCAUCUUCCAAACCCUUCCCCCUGUCCUUCACGUGCAGCUGAGACGAUUCGAAUACGAUAUCGAAAAGGACGCUUUGGUCAAGAUCAAUGAUCGUCACGAAUUCCCAUUCUCCAUUGAUCUCGGCGAAUUCCUUGACGAAAAUGCCGAUCGAUCUGCCUCCCAUGUCUACAAACUGCAUGGCGUCCUGGUCCACUCUGGAGAUCUGCAUGGAGGUCAUUACUUUGCAUUGAUCAAGCCUACCAAGGAUGGUCGAUGGCUCAAGUUUGACGAUGACCGAGUGACGCCCGUGACGGAUAAGGAGGUCCUUGAGGACAAUUAUGGUGGAGACAUGCUCAAUGGAUUGGUUCCUCCUCAUCAACGAACGCAAGCGAGAACAUUGAAAAAGUUCACCAACGCCUACAUGUUGGUAUAUGUCAGGGAGACGGAACUGGACAGCGUUCUUGCGCCUUUCACAGAGGGAGAUACGCCAUCACAUCUGAAAGCUCGCCUUGAUGCGGAGAGGGAACAGCUCGAGCUGAAGCGCAGGGAGAAGGAUGAGCAGCAUUUAUACUUGACGGCGAAGGUCAUUACCGACGACAUUUUCUCACGACAUCAAGGAUUUGACCUCGCCUCGUUUGACGACAAGAACCUUCCUGCGACUGAAUUGCCGACAUUCCGUGUGCUCAAGACGGAGCCAUUCUCCACGUUCAAGCAACGCAUCGCUCAAUGGUUUAAGAUCAACGAGAGGGAUUUCAGGCUCUGGGUUCUGGUCAAUCGCCAGAACAAGACCAUCCGUCCUGAUGUGCCGAUACAUGACAGUGAUGGCAAUCAAACCAUGGAUUAUAUUCGAAACAAUAUGGCCGCUCGCGCCGCGGACCUAAGAUUAUAUCUCGAUUAUAAUCCAGAUCAUGCCAAGUUCAAUGCUCUUCACGCCGAUCCGAACAACCCUCCGUAUAUGAUUUUCCUGAAAUGGUUCGACUGCUCUAGGCAAACCUUGCAGGGCCAGGGCAAGGUCUUCGUCAACAGGAACAGCAAAGUCAGCGACUUGUUGCCGUAUAUUCAGGAAAAGAUGAAGUGGCCGAGUUCGACACCGAUCAAGUUGUAUGAAGAAAUCAAAGCUGGCAUGAUUGAAGGCAUGAAGACCAAGCAGACUUUCCACCAGAACGAGAUUCAGGAUGGAGACGUCAUUACGUAUCAAGUCGAGCUGACCGAGAAGGAGUUAGUGCAACCCCUAAUUCAGCUGACACCUCGCAGGGCUCAAGAUCUCGAGGCUCAAUCACUCUACUCGAAUGUCCCCAACUUUUACGACUUUUUACAGAACCGUGUUCUCGUUCAAUUCAAAGCUCGUAAUGAGGAUCAGUCUGGUCGGGCACCAGACUUUGAUCUCAUGUUGAGCAAAAAGAUGACUUAUGACGUCAUGGCGCACCGCGUCGGAGACUAUCUCAAGCAUGACCCACUGAAACUUCGAUUCACCUCCUCCAACCCAUCCAAUUCUCAACCGAAAGCCGUGAUCAAGCGAGCUCUGAAUCAGAGCGUGGCGGAUAUCACUGGCACCAACUAUUACAGUGCUCACCCGAAUGUCAUUGUUUAUUACGAGCUAUUGGAUAUCAGCAUCAUUGAACUGGAAACGAAGAAGGCUCUCAAGUUGGUCUGGACAGGACGGACGAACAAGGAGGAAACCACAUACCCAUUCUUGCUGCCCAAAACGAGCACGUUCAACGAUGUCUCGGAGAAUCUGUCAAAGAGCGUCAAGCUUGCACCUGGUGGCAGUGGCAAGAUCCGUAUAUUUGACAUUGUGCCUUCUGGUCGGGCUCAAAGAGAGUACACUGGAUCAGAAAUGAUUGGCAAUCUGCAGGAUCCAGCAGAGCUCUUUGCAGAGGAAGUACCCCUUGAGGAGAUCAACGCGCCAGAGAACAGCAAGAUCGUCAAUUUGUUCCACUACGCUCGAGACAUUGCUCGUCCGCAUGGUGUUCCAUGUAGAUUUGUUCUGCUAGAGGGCGAGAGAUUUGUGGACACCAAGAAGCGUAUACAAGAGCGAAUUGGAGCUGGAGAAAAGGACUUUUCAAGGUUCAAGUUUACCCUUGUCUCUUCUGGAUUGUUCAAGCAACCCUCGGCGAUUGAGGAUGACGACGUACUUUACGACCACCGAUGGGCUGCAGACGACGCAUUGGGAUUAGAUCACCCGGAUAGGAGGCCAAACAAGGUGAAUGCGGAGAAGGGUAUUGUGAUGAGAUAGGGGAUAGAGAACGAGACGAACAGUUUUUGUGUGCAGUAGUGGUGUCUGUGUUCUCUUCCUCGCUCUCUUUGCGUCAUACAUGUCAUAUAACGGCGCGAAUGAUUGGAUUCGUCAUAACGACGAGGGAGUGACUGGGUCCAAGCAGUAUGUCGUGGCAGUUGCAUACAUUGACAUCAAUCUAUUUCUUCCCCUUUUUCUUCUUACUGGGCGUGUUCUACUGUCAGCGAUUGUUCUCUAUCGUUGGCAUACCUUGGCGGGUGUGGAAGCUCCAGACGAACCGCCGGAUUUGAUCUCGGCCGGUGAAGCCUCUACGUCGGGUAAAGAAGGCGCUGGACUCUGGCGCGAAGGAGUGAUGGCAUUUGCCGCCGCCAUCGUUAUGGCCGCCGCAGCGUUGGGUUUUGCCGGGGUGUUGACCGGCGUUGCGGCGUGACUGACAGCUGGU